CGCUGGCAGCCAUCAGAGGGUUACGUCCUCUCAGCGGCCAGGAGAUGUAAGAAGAACACAGUUGAAAAAUCGUAUAUAGAGAUGAUUAAAUAAACCUAAAAUUGGCUUGCAAUGUCAAUCAUGAAUAAUGGUAUACCAGUAGUGCAGAAUUUCAUAAAUGGACAUUUCUGCAAAUCAGAUCAAUUUAUAGAAAGCAUUGAUCCAUCAACCGGAAAACCAUGGAUGAAAGUUCCAGACAGUGGGAAGAGUGAGGUGGAAAAAGCUGUGGAAGCAGCAGAAAAUGGCUUUAAAGUUUGGUCAAAGACUAGUCCUGUAGAGCGUGCAAAAGUUCUGUAUCGAAUAAGUGACAUUAUAGAAUCCAGGUUGGAAGAAUUUGCCCAAGCAGAAUCAAAAGAUCAGGGAAAACCACUUUGGCAAGCUCGUACACUUGACAUUCCACGAGCUGUUUUGAAUCUUCGCCAUUUUGCAACAACUGUCCAAAGUGAUAAGGAAAUAGCUGUUAUACAGCCUGAGAUAGGUGUCUUAAACUACACUGUCAGCAGUCCAGUUGGAGUGGUUGGGAUCAUCACACCAUGGAAUCUUCCUCUUUAUUUACUCACAUUUAAGUUGGCACCUGCCUUGGCUUAUGGAAACACAGUAGUGGCUAAACCAAGUGAACUUACGUCAGUAACUGCAUGGAUGCUUUGCUCUGUCUUCAAAGAAGCUGGUUUACCUCCUGGUGUGGUGAACAUGGUGUUUGGAUAUGGAUCUACUGUUGGUGAGCUUUUGGCAAAACAUCCCAAUGUAAAAGCUAUUUCAUUUACUGGAAGCACUAUAACUGGCAAACGGAUUUCACAGAUUACUGCUCCUUACAUGAAAAAACUUUCAUUGGAGAUGGGAGGUAAAAAUGCAGCUGUCGUCUUUGAAGAUGCAGAUUUAGAACAAUGUGUUCCUACUCUUAUCAGAGCAAGUUUUUUGAACCAGGGUGAGGUGUGUUUGUGUACAAGCAGAAUAUAUGUUCAGCGAUCAGUGUUUGAGGUUUUCAUUCAAGAGUUUGUAAAAGAAACAAUUAAAAAAAUCAAAGUUGGUGCACCCUCAGCACCUGAUACUUGGAUGGGACCAUUAAUAAGCAAACAGCAUAUGGAGAAAGUUAAAAACUAUUUAAAAAUUGCAGAGAAGGAAGGAGCAACUUUCUUAUGUGGUGGAUUGGAUGUGGAUUUGGAUCUUCCUCCAGAAAAUCAGAAUGGAUAUUUCAUAUCCCCAACUGUAUUGACAAACCUUCCAGAUAUGUCAUUUUGUAUGCAAGAGGAAAUAUUUGGACCUGUUACUUGUGUUGUUCCAUUUGAUAUUGAAGAGGAAGUUAUAUCACGAGCUAAUGAUGUUCAAUAUGGAUUGUGUGCCAGUAUUUGGUCGAAAGAUGUCUCACGAAUCUAUCGUUUAGCUCAGGAAAUGGAGGUGGGGACUGUUUGGUGCAAUACCUGGCUCAUCCGAAACCUUCACAUGCCAUUUGGUGGGGUGAAAAUGUCAGGAGUGGGUUUCGAAGGUUCUGAUGCUUCACGAGAAUUCUAUACAGUAAAGAAAACCAUAUGUGUAAAAACAUAUUAGAUACACCAGCAGCUACUGAAAUAAGGUUUCUGACUGAAAGCUUCAGGAAAAAUGAUGACAGAUUGUUCUUGUUUAUUUGUUAUGCAAUAAGCUGGUGUGAUAGGGAAGGGUGCAUAAUUUUAGCAUAAUUGAAAAAGUUUAUUUUUAUAAUCUAUACAUGAAUUAAAUGUUCAUUUACAAAUGAUAUUGAAUUA